AGCUGUGUGGAGUAGGGGAGUGGACCUUUUAGUCUGUGCUUGAAAUUGGGCCUUCUUAGUUCAAUGAAAUGAUAUUGCCUAAAAUGUGAAUGGUAAUCCUGUGACUCUUUGUUGCUUUCUUUGGCAGUGCAAAAGGCAAUGGGAUGUGGCAACACAAAACCAAACCAGCUACAACUGAAAAAAAGCGAGCGAGGUCACCUUUCAGUUCCAGCCAUGAGGUCGGCUCUGCUGAUCCAGCGCUGGUACCGUCAGUAUGUGGCCCGGCUGGAGAUGAGGCGGCGCUGCACCUGGAACAUCUUCCAGUCCAUCGAAUACGCAGGAGAGCAGGACCAGAUAAAGCUGUAUAAUUUUUUUGCCUACCUCAUGGACCACUUCACCCCUGCCAGCAGUGAGAGAAACCUCAUCUCCCACAUCUUCAGGGACAACGACUUGCUGCGAGACAUUGAGUGGGAACGCUACUUCAAUUAUAAGAACAUUGAAAUUCCAGACGAUUACUGCGGACCACACCUGACGUUCCCUCUGACUACUUGCAUUGUCACGGAGCUGGUGGAAGCAUUUCGGAACAAACAACAGCUUCACUCACGUUAUGUCCUCCAACUUCUUGGGGAAACAUGGAAACUGCUGCGACUCCUGCCAAACAUAAACCAUGUGUCUACCUGUCAUAGCAAGGAAAUAACCAUCUGCGGAGAUCUGCAUGGACAUCUGGAGGAUCUGCUUUUGAUAUUCUAUAAGAAUGGCCUGCCCUCCAUGGAGACAUCUUAUGUCUUCAAUGGAGACUACGUGGACCGAGGGAAGAAUUCAAUUGAGAUUCUCUUGAUUCUAUUUGCUUUCCUGCUAUUGUAUCCAAAUGAUGUCUAUUUGAACCGAGGGAACCAUGAGGAUCACAUGGUUAAUCUCAGGUAUGGCUUCACCAAAGAAGUUCUGGGGAAAUACAGGCUCCAUGGCAAGAAGAUUCUAAAACUGCUCCAGAAGAUCUUCAGCUGGCUGCCACUGGCCACUGUGAUUGACCAGAAAGUGCUGAUUGUGCAUGGGGGGAUCUCAGACACCACUGACCUCAGUAUCAUUGCCAAAAUGGAUAGACACAGAUAUGUGUCAUCGCUGAAGCCCCCUAAACACCGGCGAUUUCUAGCCAAAUCCAAGGUGUGUGAUGACGACUCUGAUGUGGAGGACGCAGGAGCAGUGGGCAGCGUGGAGCGCCGCCGGGUGUUCUCCCUGACCCACAGCAGCCCGUCGGCGAGCCUCCACCGGUCCAUGCAGCAGCGGCGCUCCCUCCAGUCCUCCAGCGGCGUAGAGGAGGAGCUAAAGGAGCAGCGCCGGCAGGCCGGUCUCAGCGUUGAGCACCAGUCGGUCUGCUCCGAGACCGAGCUCACACAGGCUGUGGAGGCCGACGCAGAGGAGUGGAAACAGCUAGUAGACUUGCUGUGGAGUGACCCCAUGACGCUGGACGGCUGCGUUCCCAACGAGGUGCGGGGCGGUGGCUGCUACUGGGGCCCGGACGUGACUGAGGACGUGCUGAACAGACACCACCUACACCUGCUCAUCCGCUCCCACGAGUGCAAACAGGAGGGCUAUGAGUUCUGCCACAGCCGCCGAGUCCUGACCAUAUUCUCUGCCUCCAACUACUAUGAAGAAGGGAGUAAUCGAGGAGCCUACAUUAGACUGGGCCCGGACCUGAUUCCCCAUGUAAUCCAGUACCAGGCCACUCGUACCACAAGGGACCUAACACUUAGGCAAAGCGUGGGAAGGACAGAGCGUUCUGCGCUACGUGCGCUGAGGGAGCAAUUCUUUGCUCACAAGUCUGAUCUCAUGAGCGUCUUCCAGCAAUACGACCCAGACAACACAGGUCUGAUCUCGCUGAAAGACUGGGCUGUUGCCAUGGAGACGGUGUUGCAUCUGGCACUGCCAUGGCGCGUGCUGCGCUCUCAGUUGGUGAACAGCACUCAGGACGGCAUGCUGGACUACCACAGCUGGUUCAGAGAACUUGACAUCACCGAGCCCAACAAAGAGUUGGCACACACAAACGUGCUGGAGACUCUCUACAAACACCACUCCAAUUUGGAGACCAUCUUCCGUAUCAUUGACACAGACAACUCAGGUCUGAUCUCCUUCGAGGAGUUCCGUCAAACAUGGAAGCUGCUGAGCUCUCACCUGAAGAUGGAGAUCAGUGACGAGGCCAUCGUUGACCUCGCCCACAGCAUCGACUUCAACCACGACGGCAGCAUCGACAUUAACGAGUUCAUGGAGGCCUUCCGGCUUGUGGACAGCACCCAUCAUGACAUGGGCAACAGCAUGAUCAAAGCCCCAUCCUGACCUCAUCUAUAGUUAGUGGCCAAUCAGAGGAAGCCGUCCGGGAAGUUGACCAGUCAGGAGUCCUUGAACACUGACAAUACUAAAAAAGACAUGCAACCUCUAGGACGGCAGUUGACAUAUCUGUUGUUGUCAGCAAGUGCUCGUAAGGAAUAUGGAACACUGCAAUCUGUGACAAAUCAUUAAAAAUGACUAAGCUAGGUCAGAGAAAUGGUAAA